UGGAGUGAAUGGUGGUUUAAUGCUCUCUGUGCGACAUAAAAAUAGUCAAAUAAUAGAUUAUAAGAAUCAAUAUUUAAAAAGGAAAACUAUGAAUAUGGUGUGGUGCUUUCAAAAUCAGUUUCUGAAUGUCUAAUAAAUAUCUUCAGUACAGUAAAAAAAAAACACUGUCUGAAAGAAGAUGGAAAGGUUUACGUUUUAAUAAAUAUAUAUAAUUUGUAUGUGUAUCAGGCUCUGCUGGGUGGACUACAUUAAAGUUAAUAGAAUAAGAUAUAAAGUAAAGGGAUCCUUUUUGAGUUGGAUAACAAUAUGUACAUACAGUACAACAUUAACAUUAUGGGAUACUUAAAGAUCUUAUACAUUUGUUAUAAGAGGCCCCGGCAAAAUAAGGUAAGACUGGUUAUCAGAAAGCUGUUGAGGAUCCGCCCCCUUAUUACUCAGCAAUAUCUCACUUCCUGAUUUUUUAUCAAUCAUUUGUGUGUUUGAUGUGCUCACUCCAUUUAAUAAGAAAAUGUCAAAGUUCGGAGCCAGAGCCACCAGAGUUGAGUCCAGUCCAGCACCAUGUUUGUCUCCAUAGUUCUGCUGUGGUUCUGUUUCUGCUUCAUCCUCUUUCAACUUAAAGCUCGGAGACCCAAGAACUUCCCACCAGGACCCCCCAUCCUGCCGGUACUGGGGAACUUCUUGUACCUGGCCUCAAAGAACCCCCUGAAGGAACUUGAAAAGCUCAGACAGACCUAUGGAAAUGUCUACAGUCUGUUCCUUGGUACCAGACCAGCUGUGGUCAUCAAUGGGUUGAAGGCCAUGAAGGAGGCCAUGUUGGUUAAAGCUGCAGACUACGCUGGUCGACCUCAAGACACGUUAGCUGGUGAUGUAUUUCAGGGUAAAGGAGUGAUUCUGGCCGAUUACGGGCCUGUUUGGAGGGAACAUCGUCGUUUCUCUCUGAUGACUCUGAGAAACUUCGGUCUGGGGAAGAAAUCCAUGGAGGAGAGAAUUCAUGAAGAGAUUCA